UCCAUAGAUGUAUCUCUUUGUGAAGGGAACAAAAACAAAACACAGAAGAAAAAGUCAUUACAAAUACGAGUGAUAAGAAGAAAUCAUUAUUUUGAUCUUUUCUUUUUUUUCUUUUGGUGUUUGUACUCACGAAUUUCCAGGGAGAAACAAGUAUAAACCGUUGAAGAAGAAAAGAUGGCAUCCAAGGAUAACUACGAAGAAGCCAUUGCUGGACUCACCAAGCUUCGAAGUGAUAAUACGAGUCUAAAGGCAGUUGCCGCGGUGAAGAACGAACAGAUAACAGUUGAUCUACUACAGACUAGUACCAACGUUAAAGAUUUCUGCCCAAUUAACCGGAUGAAAACUGGAUUCUUCCAGUUCAAAAAGGAAAAAUACGAGACUGAUCCAGAACUGUAUGGGGAACUUUCCAAGGGUCAAAGUCCCAAGUUCAUGGUGUUUGCAUGCUCAGACUCUCGGGUGUGCCCUUCACACAUCUUGGGAUUCCAACCAGGAGAGGCUUUUAUUGUUAGAAACAUUGCCAACAUGGUUCCACCCUAUUGUCAAUCAAAGUACUCUGGAGUUGGAGCUGCCAUAGAAUAUGCUGUCUUGAUUCUCAAGGUUGAACACAUUGUAGUGAUUGGACACAGCUGCUGUGGCGGAAUUCAAGGACUUAUGGCUCUUUCUGAGGAUGGCUCCACUUAUACUGAUUUCAUCGAAGAGUGGGUCAAGAUCGGUUUACCAGCCAAGUCCAAGGUUAAGGCUGCAGGCAGUAAUGCACCAGUUUCAGACCUUCACGAGCAGUGUGAGAAGGAGGCGGUGAAUGUAUCACUUGGGAACCUUCUGACAUACCCAUUCGUGAGAAAUGCAUGCAUUAACAAAGUAUUAACGUUGAAGGGAGGUCACUAUGAUUUUGUCAAGGGAUGUUUUGAGCUCUGGGACUCCGAGUUUGGACUCUCCUUUACUUCCACUGUACAAUACUUUUUGUCAAGUGACGUAGCCAUAAUUUUUCUCAAAUGGCGGUUAGUUUAUACUAAAAGUCCAUAAUUAUUUUUAUUCUUUUUACCAGAAGAAUACGUUAGAUCAGAAGAAAACUGUACC